CGCCAUCAUUGCCCGCUCGAUCAAGCAGGUCCUGGCAAGUCUGCCCGUGUAAUGCCCCGCACCGUACGCCUCGAUAGGGCAGCUGUUUGCUGUACUCGACUGGUAACAGCACCACCCAAAAGGCCCUUUAUCUCAUUACGAGUACCCGUCUCGCAAACUUUUCCUCAGAAACUCUGGCUUUCUUCUCGUACCUAUCUCACAGACUCUAUUCGUUCCCACCAAGCAAAGAAGAUGGCCCCCCAACUCGACGGUUUCUUCAAGCAAGUCGAUAGCUCGGCUGACCACUUCAUCGAGCGCCUGCGCAAGGCUGUCGCCAUUCCGUCUAUCUCAGCCGAGGAUGCCCGUCGCCCUGAUGUUGUUCGCAUGGGAGAGUGGCUCGGCGAGGAGUUGAAAGCCCUUGGAGCCUCUGUAGAGCUUCGGCCUCUUGGGAAGCAGCCUCAUAAGGAAUACCUCGACUUACCUCCCGUUGUCCUUGCACGAUACGGAAACGACAAGAAUAAGCGUACCAUACUCGUCUAUGGGCAUUACGACGUCCAGCCUGCGGAAAAGAGCGAUGGAUGGGCUACUGAGCCAUUUGACCUUACUGUCGACGAAAAGGGACGUAUGUUUGGCCGUGGAGCUACAGACGACAAGGGUCCAGUUUUAGGCUGGUUGAAUGCUAUUGAGGCUCACCAAAAAGCUGGCGUCGACUUCCCCGUCAACCUGCUGAUGUGUUUCGAGGGCAUGGAGGAAUACGGUUCUGAAGGCCUCGAUGAUCUCAUCAAGGAAGAGGCCAAGAAGUACUUUGCUGAUGCCGAGGCUGUCUGCAUAUCCGAUAACUACUGGCUCGGUACCGAGAAGCCAUGCUUAACUUAUGGUCUUCGUGGUUGUAACUACUACUCAGUUGAGAUCUCCGGCCCUGGCGCCGAUCUUCACAGUGGUGUCUUUGGCGGCACCGCCCAGGAGCCCAUGACCGACCUCGUUAGAGUCCUAGGAUCUCUCGUCAACACUGGUGGCGAGAUUCAGAUUCCCGGUAUCAAGGAGCAGGUUGCACCUGUCACGGCGGAUGAGGAGGGUCUCUAUGAUGGAAUUUCAUUCACCAUGGACAAUAUUCAUGAGUCCUUGGGUAGCAAGACCACCAUCUUCGAUGAUAAGAAGCAUACUCUAAUGGGUCGCUGGAGAUACCCAUCUCUAUCUAUCCAUGGCGUUGAGGGUGCCUUCUCUGCUCCUGGAGCUAAGACUGUUAUUCCUGCCAAGGUUAUUGGAAAGUUCUCUAUCCGAACUGUUCCCGACAUGGACAUUGACAAGACCAACGAGGCUGUGUACAAGUAUGUUGAAGAGCAGUUUGCCAAGCUUGGCAGCAAAAACACCCUUAAGGUGUAUGCUCAGCAUACUGGUAAGUGGUGGGUUGCAUCACCGAAACACUGGAACUUCUCGGCUGCGGCCAAAGCUGUCGAACGUGUGUGGGGUGUCGAGCCCGAUUAUACUCGCGAAGGUGGAAGCAUCCCUGUUACCCUAACAUUUGAGGAGGCCACCGGCAAGAAUGUUCUUUUGCUCCCCAUGGGUAGCUCGACAGACGGCGCUCACUCUAUCAACGAGAAGCUCGACAAGCGUAACUACAUCGAGGGUAUUAAGCUGCUUGGUGCUUAUCUACACUAUGUUGCUGAGGAGCCUCAGUCUUAACUUAUCCAUACUAUUUUAAGAUAUCUAACGUUCUAUGAUAUGAGAAUCGAAAUUAUGGAUUCCUGUACGGCGUAUAUUAUUGACAGACAC